UGUGUUUUGUCGUAUUCGAGGGUCCCUGAACGGUUCGGAGUUUAAGACAUCAGAAUACAUUUCCGUUGUUUAUAUUGCGUAAUCACAGAUAUAUUGCAAAAUUUCUUUGGUCAAGUCAAUAAUAAGAAGAUGUAAAAAUACUCUUGGCAAACAUAGAAGUACAUGUAUAAGCCUGCAAUCAGAAUAACAAAGAGAAGACAAAGAACAAACACAGCUCAAGCUAUCAUUGGUUAUACACAUGUUCAACUUUUAAUUAUACACCUGGACAAUUUCUAGAUCUUUAGUACAACAUAUUCAUAAUAUUGAAAUAUAAACAUACAUGAAAAAUAUUAUCACUUUUUUAUCACAUAUAUGUGCAGAUUCAAGAGCUGUCAUAGUUUUAAGUUCCAAAUCUAAGGUUUAGUCCUCUAUAUAAAAGUGGUAUUCAAGUAUAGACAUGAAUUCAAUCAAGAAGUACAAGCCGCUGGUAAAACAAUUCCGUCUAUAUUCAGUAUUAGGAACAGCUCAGUCAUCAAGGCCACAUUUCGUGCCACAACAUUCACCUGCAAAUGAGGAUGACAUAGAUAAAUUUAAGGAGUUUAUUCAUAGUUCUAAAAGUCUGUUAGUUAUAACAGGUGCUGGGAUAUCCACAGAAAGUGGUAUUCCUGAUUAUAGAUCUGAAGGUGUGGGACUAUACGCCAGAAGUUCAAAUAGACCAGUCCAGUAUCAAGACUUUGUAAAAAAAGCAAAUAUACGGCAAAGAUACUGGGCAAGAAAUUUUGUAGGGUGGCCUAUGUUUUCAUCUGUAUUGCCUAAUAAGACACACAAGAUUUUGAGUGAAUGGGAGAGAGAGGGUAAUCUUCAUUGGUUGGUGACUCAAAACGUUGAUGCUCUACAUUACAAAGCAGGAAGUAAAAAUCUGACAGAACUACAUGGAAGUGCUCACAGAGUAGAAUGUUUAGAAUGCAAACACAUGAUAUCUAGACCAGAACUUCAGGAUAUGAUAAAGGGAGAUAAUCCUAUGUGGUAUUCACAAUCUGUAGACAUGGCACCUGAUGGAGAUGUACAACUUAGUCAAGAACAGAUAAAUGGAUUUAAUGUUCCAUCUUGUGAGAAGUGUGGUGGAGUAUUAAAACCUGAGAUUGUAUUCUUUGGAGAUAAUGUUCCAAGACCUAGAGUAGAAUUUGUAUUUGAUAAGGUCAAAGAGUCAGACAGUCUUCUUGUACUUGGAUCAUCACUGGAGGUUUACUCAGGAUACAGAUUUGUAAAUGCUGCUCACGAACAGAAGAAACCCAUAGCUAUUGUUAGUAUAGGACCAACAAGGGCAGAUAAACUUGUCAACCUUAAGAUAAACACUAAAUGUAGUGAAAUUCUAGACCAUAUAUGAUUGAAUUCUAUUUAUAGAUGUGAUAUUUUUUAUUAAAUUAUUUUAUUAGA